AUGUCGCGACUAGGCAGACUCGACGAGUACGACCCAAAGAUCCAGGACUUUGAAUCUUACCUGGAACGCUUUGAAUUUUUCGUCAGCGCAAACGAAAUAGCUGCUGCAAGAAAACUAGCGGUGUUUUUAACACUAAUUGGGGCAGAAGCAUACGAAGUCCUGAAGAACUUGGUAGUUCCCGCACUUCCAGGGCAGAAGACGUACGAAGAAGUCAAGACUCUUUUAAAGAACCACUACAGCCCGAAGACUUCAGUCAUAGCCGAGAGGUGCAAAUUCAACCGCCGAAUCCAAUUAGACCACGAGAGUGUGGAGGACUUCAUUAUCGAGUUGAAACACCUCGCUCGAAAGUGCAAUUUUGGAGUAUUCCUUCAGGAUGCGCUGCGCGACAGAUUAGUGGCAGGUAUCAAGUGUGAGGAAACUCAAAGAGCUCUGUUUGCGGCGGAUGACUUAACGUUUGAAUGCGCCUGCAAGAUCGCUCGUGACAAGGAGUUGGCCGCCAAGCAAAGCGCUGCCUUACGAGUGGGGAGCCGAAGCGAUGCUGUGAACACCUCUGUCAACACCGUUAAAACGGAAGUGAGGUCGAAACCCAAGACAAGGAGUUCGACGUGCCGAAAGGACACAAAACAAAAAUUUGAGCGCUGUGGCAAGGCACAUGCGUCAAAUAGUUGCUGGUACAAGACCUACACCUGUAAGCGAUGCUCAAAAGUGGGCCAUCUUCAGAAGAUGUGUCGAGUAAACCAAGAACCACUGACGACACAUCUAGUAUCUGAGUCAUCGCAGGAGGACGAGUACAUUUUGCACAACUGCACAGCGGAUUCGACGAUAAAGAAGGGCUACAUGGUGACGGUGAACGUCGAAGGACAGGACUUGCCGAUGCAGGUCGACACGGGGGCCGCGGUCACCGUAAUGCCGGAAAGCGUGUACAUGUCCAAGUUUUCACACGUCAAAUCUUAA